GUUGCUCUCCUAUUUACUACAGUUAAUUCUUCACAAGUUAAACGCUUUUUUGCAUAGUCCAGAAUGAGGGAUGGAUUAUUCUUUUCUUCUUUUAUUUUAUAUUUUUAAAACUCUAAUGGAUACAAUUCGAACUUUUGAUAUAAAUCUUUGAAUAUCUUUUUUUUUUUUUUUUCAAUUAUUCGACAUUGACUAUUCUGCAGGAGAAGCCAAGACUUAUUUGUAAAAAAAAAAAAAAAAAAAAAUGUCUAAUUUUAUGAGGAUAUGCAUUAUGUAUGAUUUUAUAUAAAACUAUGGGUCAAACCCAGAGUGCUACUGAUAAAGAGGUUGCCCUGAAAAAUAUCCAGGAGCUGUACCGUAGGUUUGCAGAUGAAUGUCCAAGUGGUAAUUUACACCUGCAUGAAUUCAAGAAAAUUUUCGGAGUCAACAGGAAAUCCUCUGAGGAAGAAUCAGCAUACAUGGAAAACGUGUUUCGAUCAUUUGACACAAAUAAGGAUGGAAAAUUAGACUUUAUGGAAUAUGUGGCAGCGAUACAUCUUGUAUUACGAGGAAAACUUGAGGACAAGCUAAAAUGGUCUUUCAAAGUGUAUGACAGAGAUGGGAAUGGCUGUCUGGAGAAAGAAGAAGUAGGACAUAUUCUCAAGAUUAUCUACAAAUUAAAGAAGCACUCUGACCCGAGCACUACAGAGAACAUUGAGGAUAUCUGUGAUCGAAUAUUUAGCAUACUGGACAAAAAUGACGACAGUCAAAUUUCCUUAGAAGAAUUCAUGGAAGGAGCUGAAAAGGACCCGUGGGUGCUGGAACAACUCAGAUUGGAUUUUGCAGCCUGUGAAUGGUUUUUAGAACAUAAGAAGAAUCCAAACUCAUGAUAUACGUACUGUAGUCAUUAUAUAGUUUAUAUUUGACUAAUGUUAUACAAAAAUACUGAACAGUCCUCGAGUUACGAACGAGUUCCCUUCCUACGCUGGUGAUGUCAUAUACAGAAAAGCAAUGUGCACUAAAUAAGCAGAAACUAUGCACUGGGGACCAAAUGGCGGACAAGGAACAGAUGUCGAAAAGUUGAAAUGUCGUAACCCAAGGACUCCCUGUAUGGUGGAGUUUUGAUAUGCCAAAAUGUGGACUAAACAUGAACUGGAGUUUGUAUUUUUUCAAUCCAUCCAUCUUUUCCUGCUUAUCUGAGGUCGGGCUGUGGGGCAGCAGCUUCAGUAGGGAAGCCAGGACUACCCUGUGCCCUGUCAUUUUGUCCAAGGGGAUACUGAAGCGUGCCCAGGCCAGUUGGGAGACAUUGUCUCUCAAGCGUGUCCUGGAACAACUGCGAGGCUUCCUCCUAUAUGUAUAUUUUUUCUUCACAUUUUGUGGCGUAAGUCUUUCAUUUGCAUCACAAAGUAUGUUUACAUACAGAGAUUACCAUUUCAACAUCACAGUUAUCCAAGGCCAUGCAAACACGUUCAAAACCCCGAAUAUGCUCAUAUUCUGCCCCUGGAGUCAUCCUUUUCUAAACAUAUAUUUCUGGCCACGUAAACCUGCUAAUGCCAUAGCUUCAUUUGAAAGAAGCAGUCUACUAAAAAGCUGAAUAUGCCAUACACAACUUAAUAGAAAAUUGCCUUGCAUCGUGGUUGUCUUAAAAGGCUGAAUAUGAAAAAAAAAAAAAAUCGGAUUUUGGCUGCUCGUCUGGAAAAGGCCUUUUGUAGUCUGCACAGGCUCUAAGGAUUAGCUGAGCUGUCACAUUAGCUGCUACUUCUCUUGAGGUGUGGGGAUUAGUGCAAUAAUGGAAGGAGCUGACCGGUCCAUACGUCAGAGCAGGGAAGGUGCUGUGCAUUAACGGAGGAGCAAUACAAGUGCAAGCGUUUCAGCAGCUUCCCCCAGCAGACAGGAGAGAUUCAAUGAUUUCUCAAACAUACAUGCACGGUUCGGAAAACGACUAAAAAUGUGUUUUUAACAAGGUAAUGACCACGUAUCAUGAUUAAAACAUAUAAACUCAAUCAAGUUGAUUUUGAAUAAUACCAUACCUGUCAACCCGAGGCCGUUGGCAAUCUUACAAAUAGUGACGUACGCCCUUACAAAUUGGUGACUAAUCUUACAACGUUGUAUGUGGCGUGCAAUAUAAAACAAAAAUAAAGCUCAACUUUUAAAAUAAUUUGAAGCGGCAUGGAAAAUGAAUGAAUGAAUGAAUUAAUUAAUUUAUUUAUUUAUUGGUAAUAAUGUCACAUAGUAUAACCUGGUGCAAUCAAAGAACAAUCAAUAUCUUCAGCUACAUCAUGAUUACUAAAAUUUAACAGUGACUUUGUUAUAAAUGUAUGUAGCACUUUUGGCAAUUUCUAUCAUGUCUUAAUGGCUGCACUUCAGCCCACAAUUGAGUUUGACUUGAAGGUAGUUCGUUCGUAUGUCCAAUUAUAAAUUAAAAAGGUCAAACGAUAAAAUGAACUUACUAAUGCAAUCUUCGAGUCAGGGAGCAUUUCUUUUGGUAAUUCUGAGAAGUGAUCAGCAAUAGUUGCAGACAAAUUGUGUUCGGCAACAAAUUGGCAGAUUAAAAUCUCCGCUUUCGUCACUUCUCAUUCUGCAGACUUCAUCUUUAUGACCAGUGUUGUGAAUCUUACUUUUAUAAAGUAAUUAUUUACAGUGACAAAUUACUUCUCCCAAAAAGUAAUUAGGUUAGUAACUCAGUUACCUGAAUGUAAGAGAAAUUAAUCACUUGGCAAAGUAACUGGUGUUCCCUAUCAUGUUUUUUUUUUUUCUUUUUUUCAAAACAAAACAAAACAAAAAAACAUAGUAACCUUUGCUAUGUUUGGAAGUCAUUGAAUGUUGUGAAUCAACUAUUAAAGUUGUUGAAAUUGCUCUCGUUUUUGCAUUAGUUCCCUUCUGUCUACUUUCGACAGUUUGAAAGUUUUAAAACAUGUUUCAUCAUUUAAAGAUAGAUUCAAGUCAAAAUUUUGCCGAUUUAGGAGUAUUUUAGAUAAAAAGUUACUUAUGUCCGCUAGGAAUGUUCACGACAACAGAGCCUUUCAGAGAAGUCAACUGCUUGAAGAUGGCGGCUGUUUACUAAUGCCGCCAAGUCUGUCAUUUCUCCCAUUGAUUUUUUUCACGUUUCAAAAUGCAUGCAUGGUACGAAAAAUAUAAUAACUACCUUGAAUCCUCGAACAGAUCACUCCUGAGACAAUCCUUCCUGUUUGUAUGCGGUUCGGCUUUUGUACUUUUUCAAUCCUAAAUCAGGCGUUGGAUCACUGCAUAUGUUGACUCUGCGACCGACUGCGAAUAACUGAAGCGGACUGUAGGGCGGACCCCAACCUAAAGGCGUUGUGCAGUGAAGGUGGAAUCUGACCCGUCAAUCAUUAUGAAGUCUAUGUUCUACUAGUACAUUUGAACUUUUUUUUGUACAAAUUUGGUAAUGUAGAAAUAACAAAAUUUACGCCAUCACUUUCUUUCAUGUCUGAUGGCGUUCGCGUGCAAAAAAAGUUUGCUGUUUCAUUUUGCAGUAUACUCACGUAAACAAUUUUGAAUAUUUAUGAGUGUAAAAUUCACGUCAAACGGAAUACUGGCUUCAUCUAAAU